AUGAAUCGACCUGGGAAGCAAAUAAUCAAGGACGUCCGGCGAUGGAGGACCGCUGCCGCUGCCAAUAGGAGCUAUUACUUCCCAGAAACACUGGUCACCACCCUGCCAAGCGGAUUUCGGGUAGCCACAGAAGAUUUGAAGACCCCGACUGCAACGAUCGGCGUCUGGAUUGACGCGGGAAGCCGCUACGAAAAUGAGAAGAACAAUGGCACCGCCCAUUUCUUGGAACACAUGGCCUUCAAGGGUACACGUCGAAGAACGCAAAUCGGGCUCGAGAUGGAGGUGGAGAAUAUUGGGGCCCAUUUGAACGCCUACACGUCGCGGGAACAAACUGUAUACUACGCCAAAUGCUUUUCAAAGGAUCUCGAGCAGUCUGUGGAUAUCCUCUCGGACAUUCUUUUGCACAGCAGCCUCGGCGAACAAGAGAUUGGCCGUGAGCGAGGCGUGAUCCUGCGUGAAGAGGAGGAGGUUGCUCAAAACUUCCAAGAGGUUGUAUUUGACCACCUGCACACGGCCGCUUUCAAGGGGAACCCGUUGUCAAUGACGAUUUUGGGAUCUCGUCACAAUAUCAAAUCGAUUCAACGCAGUGACUUGGUGAAUUACAUCAAGACGCACUACCGAUCUGGACGCAUGGUGUUGGCGGCAGCUGGGGGAGUGGAUCACGAUAAGACGAUCCGCCUAGCCGAAAAAUACUUCGGUGGUCUCCCACAAGGCAGUGCCGAGUCCGAAUUUAUCCCCGCCGUGUUCACGCCCUGUGAACAAUAUUUCCCAGUCGAGAAACAGGACCGCUGUUAUGGUGCCAUUUCCUUUGCCGGGACAUCUUGGUCACACCAUGAUUCGCUGCCGUUGAUGGUUGCCAAUACUAUUCUCGGUGAAUUUGACCGAUACCGCGGUGGCGGAAAUUUCACGGCUUCGCGCCUGGCCCCCAUUUUGGUGCCGGAUCAGGGAAUUCUGACCUACCAAUGUUUCAACACGUGCUAUAAAGAAACCGGUUUGACCGGGAUUUACUUCUCGGCAUUGAGGGAUAGCGUGCCGAACCUGAUCCAGUCCGUGGCAAGUCAAUGGAGAUGGCUAGCGACAGAGGCCGAUGAAGCCGCCGUAGAAUGUGGAAAGCGUACGCUUUUGACGAACUUAUUGUUGAUGCUGGACGGCACCACACCGAUAACUGAAGACAUCGGUCGGCAGCUGCUUUGUUACGGGCGGAGAAUCCCGGUGCCAGAACUCGAGUAUCGAAUCCAGUCGAUCAACGUCGAUACUAUCCGCGACGUCUGCGCCCGCACAUUCAUGAACGCUAAACUGGCCACCACGUACGUUGGCGCCGUCGACACAGUUCCACCAAAUUCUCAAAUCGAAGCCUUGCUCCGCCUC